UCAGUGAUCGUGGACUUGUUGAAACAGUGGAAAACGUGACAAAUAUAAGGGAAGGAGUGGUUCCUUAUUUGCACAUCACUAUCGCGCGAAGAGGUUUGCAAGUAUUUAAAGCACCUUCCAUAAUAAGAUGUACACCAACCAGCAGUGGAUGUUUCAAGAGGCAAUUGCAAACUAUCUUCAAUGUUCUUCAAACUGACCCGACAAGUCUUAAAGUCAAUGACAUACAGCCAAUAAAAAUUAAAUCAUGGUCUGUAAAUCUAGGACCGAAGCAUAUCGGUCAUAACCAAAUUUACACAAAUUUAAAGUUGUACAAUCAUGCUUUCAAUGAGGUCGAGAGUGUACGAAAUAAUAUUAUCGGUGGAAAUCUUAUGACUUUUAAUGUAUCAGUAACUAAUCCAGAAGUAAUAUUUGUAGCUAAUUUUGAAUUUAAGAAUGCUACAUUCUUCCAAGUAAGCAGUAAAGGACAGGUAACCUAUGUGCAUAAGGGGUUCAAAGCCGACUUCAACAUGACCGGAGAAAUUGAAAAGCGAAAAAAUGACAGGUAUAUAAAACUUGUCGAUUUGAACCUUCAACUCUCCUCUUCGAGGAUAGCAUAUCAAUUUAAGACCAAGGAUCCUAAACACGACCGUGUCAAGGAUAACGUUUUCAAUUACAACUGGAAACUCGCUUUAAGGGAUCUGAAAACAGGCUAUGAGCAAAUUUACGCUCAUGCUUAUAGAACCACGAUGGAAAGAAUACUUGCAGCUUUCCCCUAUGACUCCAUUUUCAUAGAUUAACUGCAGUUGCAUAGUCAUAAAUUAUAUCUCUAAUAUUUCUAUAAUGUAUAUUCUAUAAUAAAC